AUGUCUGAUGUAGAGAACUACUUGACUAAGCAAAUAUACAUCGAGAAGAACGUCGUGACCUUCAGGUCGCUCAGCAGGCAAUUUGGCCUUCAUGUGAACGAGGCGAAGAACCGGCUUGCGAGCUUUCACGCCAACGCCGUCAAUGCCGAAACGCGAUCUUUCGCCACCUACCUCGUUUCCGGCGAGCUCUUUCCAUCCUCACGUGCUGAAAAGCCGAACACCACUCAAACCGACGAUGGAAUGGACGUGGAUGUCGAGGAAACCGCGGGCGUUGAGGAGCUCGACGACGAAGAGAUUCCCCAGACGGUGAUGACUUUGGUGGGCGAGGAUUCACUGGAGUACGCGAAGGGGAGGUAUGCGCGCAUAUUUGCGACCCACAUUUACUGCCUCAGCCCAUCCCCUCUUACCGACGCAGGCCUGAUAUGCGAACCUUCUGCUAUAGUGUACCAAGCCGACGCGAAGAAUGCGCCAGCGUCCUCUGUGGCCCUUGGUCGCGUCGUCGGACCCGAUGUCAAGAUUGGCAAGCCGCCCCCUCCAGUGGCGUCGAGUUCUAAGGCUGGACAGCCUGUAUCGCGCCAACCUACCCUCAAGGUGAAGGACGAGGAGCCCUCCAAGCCCGCAAAGAAGGACAAGUCAACUGUCAUCAAGCCGAAGGCGUCAGCGUCAGGGAAGCUCGACUGGAGUAAAGCUAAGAAACCUGAUGACAAGAGCAAAGGCAAUACGCCGAAGGAGGAGGUGAAGAAAGAGAAGAGCGAGUCUCCCGCACCAAAGCUCAAGGUGAAGGAUAAGGCGUCCACCAAAGACGAGACACCGAAGGACGAUAACAAGCGGGGAACGAAACGCAAAGCUGCCACCAAAGUUGCCUCAGACUCGGAAGAAGAGCCCGCUUCAGUCCCCGUCAAGAAGCAACCUUCACCACCUGCAAAGAGCGAAGUCAAAGUGCGCAAAAAUAGGAUAGUUUCCGACGACGAGGAUGACGACGCGCCUCCUCCCACGAUGAGCAAAAGCAAGCUCAAACUCUCCAAGACCGAACGGUUGCUGGGGGACAAUCACGAGAGAAGUCUACGUGCGAUGAUGGACAUCGAUGACUCCCUGGUCGAGAUGGCGUCGAAUAAACGUCCGCAACCGAAGGAACAACCGAAGGAUGAGGACGUCGAGAUGGAAGAGCACCCGGACCCAGAACCAGAGAAGCCAAUGGAGGCGGAUGUGGAUGUGGAGAUGGACGAGCCGAAGGCCAAGCCACGGAAAAAGAAGGAGAAGAAGGUCAUUCCUAUCGGAAGUAAUGGUCUGAAGAAGAAGAGAGUGGUCAAGUCGCGCAUGAAGAUGGACGAGAAGGGCUACAUGGUUACCGAGGACUACUCUUCUUACGAGUCUGCCGACGAAGACGAAGACGAGGCCCCAAAGAAGUCUAAGGCGACGAAAGCAGCCUCAACGACCAAGUCGAAGGUGAAGAAGGAAGAAGACGAUGGCUCGAAGGCAAGUAAACCUGCACGUAGUGGAAGCAUCAAAGCGAAGACCGGGAGCGUGAAGGGCCAAGGCAGUUUGAAGGGUUACUUUGAGACGAAACCUAAGAAGUAG